CGAAUAAUGUUACAUUUAAUAAUCUAUUUCUUAAAAUUAAUACGAAAAACGGAGGGAGAAGUCAUCAUCUUUCAAAAACUUCUACUCCAUUCAUUUAUGAUUCACCAACAAUCAUCAUGGGUGCUGAUGUUACACAUCCAAGUCCAGGUAGCACAAAGGGGGUUUCUAUCGCCUCUCUUUGUACUUCAAAGGAUCUAGAUGACGGUGUCUCCGAAGGCCAAUUUGAACAAGUGUUGGAUAAUGAAGUAAAAGCAAUAAAAGACGCGUGUCAUGAUCUGUCGGAUUCCUAUAAACCAGAAUUAACAGUAGUUAUCGUACAGAAACGACAUCAUAUACGUCUUGCUCCCAUAGAUCCUAAACUUGGUGAUAAUAAGACUGGUAACUGUUUAUCUGGAACGGUUGUGGAUUCGGAUAUUACCCAUCCAAAUAAGAAUGAUUUUUCUUAA